AAACCUAUCUCCAAAGUUCACGUUUGUAACCUGUAAACAUGUUGAUUCCAAAAGAAGACAGAAAGUUGAUCCACCAAUACCUCUUUCAAGAAGGUGUUGUCGUCGCUAAGAAGGACUUUGAACAAGCCAAGCACGAUGAAAUCAACACCAAGAACUUAUUCGUCAUUAAGGCUUUACAAUCCUUGACCUCUAAAGGUUACGUCCAAACCCAAUUCUCAUGGCAAUACUACUACUACACCUUGACUGACGAAGGUGUUGAGUACUUAAGACAAGAGUUGAACAUCCCAGAAGGUAUCUUACCUUUGACUAGAUUGCAAGGUGCCCCAGCUGAAAGACCUCAAAGAGGUGGAUUCCAACAAAGAAGAGGUAACUUCAAGAGAAGAGAUUAAAGAACUCCAGUCCCCUCCAUACUGUAUCCUUCUUUUAUCCAGAUUCACUGUAAUUUAAUCCAAAAAAAUUCUUAAUAAAAAGGGAAGUUGUUAUUAGAAUACAUUGAAUACUUAUAAAUUUCAUCAUUAUAAUUUAUGUAUACUUUAUUUCAUGUUUUCUAAUAAACGAAACAUUAGGUAACUCC